GUAGAAUUAUAUUUUUAAAGGGCCAAUCACACUUCCGUAUAUAAAGGAGGAAACUUCUUGAUCUUAAAGCCCAAUACAGCAAAAUGGGAGAAGCUUUGUUCGAGCUGGAGCAACAUCUCAGGUACAAACAGGUCAAAUUGACGCCUGAAGAAAUUAAGCUUCUUUUUACGUGCAAGUCCAAAGCUGUCAGGGAGUUUACGUUCGGAGGUCUUGCUGCUGCUACUGUUGCCUGGACAGCAUCAAAGAAGCUAAAUAAGUUUGUUCGACUUAACCUUUCAGGAGGAGCUGCUGCUAUAUUUGGACUAUGGAGCUUCUCGAGGUCUUUAAACUCAUGUGUUGACCAUAUUCUUUCUCAGGAUGGAAGUCGUUUGCAGGCCGAGUUAGCAACUAUAAUGGUGAAAAAGUAUCAGAAUGAUCCUUCUAUGAUGCGGCUUAUCUCUAAACAGUUCUACUCUGAGAAAGUUUUUGAUGAUGCGAACUCAGAUCAGCCAACACUGAGGUGGCGUUAUCGGAAUUAUUUUAGUGAUAACAUUACCCAUGGUCGAAGAACAGAUUACAGCGAUUCUCAAGGUGGUUCAGAACAGGCUUCCCAUGGUGACCAUCAGAGUGCUUCUGACAGUGAUUCCCGGAACACCCAGAAUGACUCUGACAUAAAACGUUUUGCUCCUAAACAAGUUCCUAUGAACACUAAUGUUGAUUCAAUGGUCGACCCUUUUGAUUGCGUGUUUGGUAAUGCAACAAGUGAGGAGAUUCUUCUUCCGAGUACCUCUAGCACUGACAGUCCCCCAAAAGUACAUACUCAUAAACAUAGAAGAUCUCACCGUAGGCGUCGUAUGCACCAUGAGGAAGAAGUACCAAAAAUGCAACACAUGUAACAGUAAGUUUAACGUGGUUGAGCAUCGGAGAAGAUGAAGGGUGAAAGGUGAGAGCUUAAUUGCUCUUACAGUUGUUUUGUGUUUGUCAAACUUCUCCAGGAAGAGAGCGUAUCUGUCUGAAUUUACAACAGUAUCAGGCAAGUUUACUGUGAUCUACUUUUCACCGCUGUUUAAUUAUCGAUGAAUCAUUAGUUAAGUUCCAUUUGGGCUCCUUAUGCACUUGAACAACAAUAAUAAGCGGCGAGUUUUUUUUCUUUUAGUACAAGCGAUAUUAAAAUA